GACAAGAUCCGCAAAGGGGCCAUUUGAAGAUGUUUUAUGCCCAUUUCCCUUCAAAUAGUCACAUCGUGGAUACAUUUGGGAUUUCCCCAUAGAUUGUUUAUCCCCUAUCCUCAUACAAUUCACACAAACAAUUAUCUAGGACUAAACUAAUCAGUGGUUUAUUCAUGAUACAGCAAGGCAUUAAAGCUUGCUUGGGGUUUGCAGGCGAAGGAAGUGCAUUCAGGAAAUUAAUUGGGACAUUUCCUUUAUGGCUAUACCCUCCAUUAUAAUCUUAUUGCUCAAUAACGACAGUGAAUGGCAUUAGAAUCCAUAAUUGGAUUUAUAUUGACAUGUUAAUUUUUGAGGAUGUCGCAUAAUGAUCCAAUAUAUAUAUCCCAACUGUUAAUGUCUAUAUGUAUGUUAGUGUGUAAAGAAGUAAGGAAUAGAUUAGCAACAUAACAAGAUUAUCUAAUGCAAUCUCAAGUUGAUUUCCAUGGGAUUUAAUUAUAGAUUUAAAAUCAAAGGAUUUCAGGGAUUCUGAAGAUCAUUAUGCAAAGAGUACCUAUACAAAAAUGAAUCUCAGAAAACAUCAAUCUGGCUAAUUAUCUAUUUCCAAAACACUUACUUAAUUGACAAAACUAUAAUUAUGCCUGUCAUAAAAUUAAAACACUUAAAAACUAAACUAAAAAGAUUUUUCUGAACUUUGCCUUAAUUUAAAAAUACUUUUCUUACCUGUUUAUUGUUACUUUUUUUUACCGAUUUUGUGUCUUUCUUACCUUUGGUGUGUACUUUGAAGCAAUUAAAGUGCAGUAUAAUCUUUUUCCUAGUGCAUAUCACAAAUAGAUCAUUCCUUUGUUCAUUAGAGAGACUCUUACCUUCAGUUUUAGGAAUGUUUUUUAAAAGUAUUUUGCAUUAUAAAAUACGGUUUAGGUAGUUCAGGCUCGAUUUAUUUAGUCGAACUAUUUAGUUGGAAAUUUCUUAAUCUUUUUCCAUUUGAAUGUUUAUUCCCUACUAAAAAAAAUUGUUUACUUACCUAACAUUAUAAUAAACUUUUAGUUGAAACUUAAGAUUGCAGUUCUAUUGUUCUUGGUUCUUGCUAUUAAGUCAGCAAUAUACCAACAAGUACCUGAAAAUCAGUUAUAUUUACCUGUAAAGGGCAGACCUUUGAUUAUUACUUCGGCAAUCUCUCCUAAGUUCUUCCAUAAAAUGUUAAAUAAUAAGAUUUAUACAAACCUUUUUAAAUAUUCUGUCACUUUGAAGAAAAAUCAAACCCAUUAAACAUUUGAAAAUAAAGAAAAUCCCGGCUGAUCAUGUCCCAAAUUUAUUCUCAUACACUUUCACUACGAAUACAUAAUAAAAGACAUAUUAGUACUCUGACUAAAAUUACAUUGUUGCAAUUGCAAAUCUUUAUGUAAAACACCUCAUGCUUGCAUAACAAGAAAAUCUGUGUUUGGAAUUGGCAAAAUUCAACUUCACAAUGAGAAUGUCGAUGACUAUCUAAGGGCACGCGGGGUCUCUAAUAUCUCGGGUGAUCAUUGAGAGUGUUUGGUAUUCACUUCUGCAGAAACUUUCAAUAACAUUGCAUUUUGUACAUAGUCAUAUAUUAUGCGUGUUUAUGUAAAUUUUCCCAAAUCUCCCCCGUGCCACACCGAAAUAACCAUAUUGCGGGAUUCUUGGCAUUUUCCACACUAAAAACAGAGUGCUAUUGUGACACGAAAAUAGUAUAAAAUCAUUUAAGUUGUUUGGGAGUUUUUUUUUUGUCUUCUCCUCUUCGUUCUGCAUAAUAACAUUCUUAUAUUCAUGAAUGAUAAUAAAAUUCAUAGCUUUUCCAAUUUAUAGCAGUUGAAAUGAUUGGAUGGGUUUUUGUGUGUUUUUUUUUGGUAUCGGUGGUUGGGUUUGGUUGCGUGUGGUUGAGCGCGGGUAAAGAGAUGGCUCUGAUACGGAAAAUUUGUCGGGAGAUGGUGUUUGAAGACAAGAAAUUCAAUCUGCUUCUGCGUGGAAAAUUUCUUUUCACACCGUUUGGAUUUUUCUUUGGUCACAACAUCGCCAUUUUCGCGGGGGUGCGUUCUAGGGAAGAUUCUUGCUUUUUUGGUACCAUUGCUGGAUAGGGGAAUGGACGGUGGUUUUGUGCGUGUGAUUAGUCCCAUGUCGAAUGUCAUCACCCUGGGGGUAAAUUUAUUCCGAUGGGGGGCGCUUUUCUCAAUUUUCCACCCCAUUUUCACCCCCUCAUGGUCCCCGGCGUUGUGUAUGGUGCAUAGGGUGGAAUUUUCUGUCUCAUUCAGGAUAGUUAUGUCCUAUCUUUGGUACGCCAUCUCUGUCGUCUGCAUUCACGACUUCUCACAUUGGCGGUAUUGGUCUCUGUUGCUCAUUCGAUGGCGCACAGACAUGUGAAUUGGCAUGGCGUGCAUUUUGUUUUGCUGCGCAUGGCAAUUCAAUGGCAUGUUAUAUGUGUGUAAUGCCACUUCGUGGCUUCUAUCGAUGUCGAUCGGAUGUCUCGGUCGACCGGGGUCUCUAUGGUGGAGUUCAUGCAACUCUCCGCGAAGUGCGGCUUUCGCUCCGCUCGGUAUGGUGGUCGGGUCGCGAGACGCCAGACCCGAAUGGAUGACGUUGCGUUGAAACCGGCUAGGCUACUUGAACACUGCACAUCUCACAACGAGUUGAGCUACCAAUGUGAACGGACGUAUACGUUGUGCUGGACUUUUUCGUGAUUUCUCCGAAUGAGAUAAUACUCAUUGGAUUAUAAACCCCUAAUUUGUGAACUAAAACCCUUAAUCCAGUGCAUUUUGACAGUGUACACGGACUAAAGGAUACUUAGGCAGUCUCCUUAAAUUCAGGAGUGUUGAGUGCAAUUUGAAGAAAAAAAAAAAAAAACUGAAACCUUUCUAUACGCCACACCUCAGUUGAAUGUGCCAACAUUGGUGGUUUGUGAAGGAGAAAAGUGUGCGGAAAAUGGAUGCAAAAACUCCUUUUUUGUGUGGAAAUCCCAUGAGAUGUGACAAAGAAAAUGAAUGGUGAAGAGUGAAUGGGACAAGCAGACGAUAUCCCGAAAAUCCGUGUCUAACUCAAUUGCUACAUAUAUGUGUUGUUGCGGUGUUCAAAUAAUUGGAUUAUUACUGUCUCUAAAGGAUUACUCCACACAUUUGGAUUAUACUACUCAAUGUUCUUCCAUUGUUAGAAUAAUAUCACCGUGGAUGUAAAUUAUUCUGGGAUUAAAUUUAAACAUUUAUGUGCUACACCAUCCACACUAUAUGUAAUAAUAUAUAAUAAAAAUAUAUAUAUUAAGAACUCCCUCCUAUGUACAUACAUAUGUAUGUAAAAGGAAAGAAAAAUAAUAAAAGAAACAUAAUAAAACAUACCCAUAACGUGUAAUUGUGAAUGUGCGAGGAUAUUUAAUUUAUGCCAACAAAGAAGUGGGUUCUUUUUAUCUCGUGAACAAGCAAAGAGAGUCUGCUUAAUAAAAUAUAAAGUGAAAAUUGUGGCAAUUACUCAAAGUAUUACUCACACACAGUGUUUACAAGGCAGGAAAAAAAAACGAAAAAGAAAAAAAAAGUUAAUACAGCUGCGUAGAAAUUUACUCUUAAAGUGAAGAAAAAAAAAGAAGUAACAAUUUGCAGUGGCAAAAAUAAUCACUGUGUGAAAAGUUGAAAGAAGUGAAAAUUUUUUACAUACAUCUAUCGAUAAAAAAAACCUCUAACACGGAGUUUUAGCACACACUGAAAAAAAUUGGAUUACGGCUUCUUUAACGACGUCGUUUUUAUUAUUAUUGCUGCGCGAGAAAGAAAUAUAGACGAGAGUUGAAAUAGUUAUAGCGUCUAUUGUGCAUUUUAUAGUUGAUAUUUUAUUGCUGAAUUUUCCCCAUUUAGGUUUCCCCAUAUUUAAUCUUUCAAGUAAUAAUAUUAUAUAUAAAACAACACACAUAGUAUAAGCUACAAAACUUAGCAAUAACAACUUUACUAUUGGUUAUAUUUUUUUUUGUAUUGGGGACGCAAAAAAUUGUGUAAAUGACGAAAUCAGUCUAUAAAAUUGUUUUAAUAGUGAUUUAAUGUUUGAUUGUUCUUUUUUUUUGGUAUUAUUUGAUGGUUUAUGUGCGCUUCUUUUUUUGUCCGGCGCAAAAGUGUUUGGCGUAUGUAUGUAGCCUCGGACUGUAAAAGGCAGAAAGAGAAAUAUAUAUACAAUUAGUGACCAAAAACAGCGAUUUUAUCGUUCAAAUUACAAUCAUCUUUUAUUAUCUUAAAUUGCAAUUAAGUGAGACUUAAAUGAGUGGAGAGACUUAAGUAAUUUGGCAAUUUAGGAACAUUUUUGUACGGAUGCGCCGUACGUCUGGGUGACCUCACGGUGCUUACGUUUUUUCUUGAGGAGCCAAAUUGACAAACCAGUAUAAACCACUCUACCACUAAAUAUAUAUAUAUAUAUAUAUAUAUAUAUAUGUUGCAUAUGUAGGUAGAUCCUUUGUGGAAGAAAACGAGGAUUGCAAAAGAGGAUUAGGGCAAUCACACAUUUGUGUGUCGAGCCGAAGUAAAUUGGAUUACACGUUACGAGUCCAAAUCAGUUACGGCGCGGUCCUACUAAAGUACCAUUGUGUGGUCCAAGUGUGAACCUCAAAAGGUGAUUAGGAGUGGUGUGUGCUGUGUUUUGACUUUGGGGGCAAUUUUGAGGUGGUGUCCAUUUAGCUGAAACCAUUGCGAUCAUAGUACGUGUGGAACCCUCCGGUUCCCCGCAGCAGGAGUCUGCGGGGCCGCAGAGCCCCAAAAAACUAGGUGCAGCCCAUCAGCCACCAGUUAAGCAGGUAUGUUUGGUGAUGGUAAAUGAUGUGGAUGUGCCCAAAAGAGAUAAAGUGGAAGCUCAAACAUCCCUCUUGUGCCAUGAUAUUGACGAUAAAAUGGUACGUUCUCAAUAUUCUGAAGAUGUUCUAAAGAACCAUAACUUCCGCAAAAUAAAGGGUUCUGAUGGAGGGUCUGUGGUCUUCGCGUCAACUCCGACACAAGUCACAACUGCAGCUCCCAGUCCGGCGGCACCUAGGAAAUCGGAUUUCCCAACCACUGGACUGCCGCUCAGUAACGGGCCCCUGGGGCUGGGAGGUAGCGCCAGUCCCGUACCCGUGCCACCGGGACCGGGACCCGCACCUCCGGCCCCGUCACCGGCUCCAGCCGCCCUGCCACCUCCAAGUCUGCCGCCACCAUAUCCGACACCAAUGCAGGUAUCAAACGGUCCGAUAAGCACACACCUGACACCAAUAUCGAAUCCACAGCAACCACCACCGCCGAGUCAACUGGCUGGGAAGCCAAUGACUGGUAGUAGUGGAAAGCUGCCGCCAGUGUGUGCGGCGGCAGGUGGUCAGGCACCACCGUCGGCGGGAAAACAACCGCCGCAGCAAGUGCCGUCACCGCAACAGCCACAGACACCUCAAUCGCCGGCUGCCCCACAGCCUCCAGCGCCUCAGGCGCCGGCCACGGGCAAGCCACCGUCGAUAGCGUCUGUGACAAGCCUAAUGGGCGCCACAGCGGGUGCUCCACUCACUACAAUCGCCAACGGCUACUCGUCCGCCAUUCCACCGAUCUCCACAUCGACGCACCCCAUUUCGACGCCGCGGAUCACAUCUCCGGGGCUCACAACGGGGCAGCAAGUGGCGGCUACGGGGGCACAGCAGCCAGCAUCAUUGCCAGUUGGUGUGCCACAGCCACCACCGGCAACAGCUCCUACAGCCCCACCACCGGCUACUCUUCCGCCUGGACUCGAUAGUGCAGCCGCGGCGAGUGGACGGACAAACAGCCCGGCUGUUGCUACAAGUGCUGUCCUCUCGGCCGCAGCACCGGCUGUUAAUGGCAACAGUAGUGCUGUGACGUCAAUAGUGGGCACCAAUAGUAGUAUCCCGCCCGUUUAUCGGUCAGGCUACCCAAAUUAUUCGCUGUAUGCACCAUACAGCAAUCUUCAUCACAGUCCAUAUCUACCACCGGCUGUGCCGUCACCCACAGCGUCACCACGGACGCCGGGUGCAGUGGAUGUGGGCCGCACCGGGGCGCCCGGACGAGGUGAAUCACCUCUUGUGAUGUCCGCCGCGGCGAAACCCGUACGCCCCGUAACUCCCAGUUCCAAUGGGAGUGCCAGUGCCACAAGUGUGGGACCACCGUCGCACACGGGACGCGUUGAUCUACCACCAACGGCUGUGUCCGGUACACAGCAACAGCAUUCAGCUACACCACUUACAGUUCCCAGGGCACAUUCACCACGAGGGCAUAGCCCUACUCGAGAACGUGAUAGCUAUAGUAGCAAUGUUAGUAGUCUCUCUCGAUCGUCGGCAACUCCGGGAUCGGCGCCGUACAAUAGUGGCGGAAGUUCGAGUGGAGUACAGCCGGGACCAUCGCCAUCCCUAUCGUACAACACAGCUCCGGGUGCUACGCAAUCUCCAUUGCCACCAGCAACUGUUGGUGUUUCUUCUAGUCUCUCUUAUCCCAAAAGUACACAAUCAACAUGGUCGAGGUACGUAUAUUUAUUCCCCAUCAUUGCACACCGUGAAGCAAUCUGGUGUGUUUAUCUUCUUUUUUUGUUCACUUCUCUCAUGGUGGAGUCCACCCCCAUCACGACAACAACCGCUGCACCCCAUCCCUUCAGUGCUGAAUCUCUCUUUCAAUCAAGUAAGGAUCAAGCAGAUCUCCUGCGUCGUGAGUUGGACAAUCGGUUUCUGGAUCGUUCGGGUUUGAGUGCGGUACCACCGUCACCGUACUUGCGUCAGGAGUUGCACCAUCAUCAGCAUCAACAUACGCAUUUGCAUCAGCAUCAGCAGAUCAUUGCGAGUACCCCAUCAGCUCCGGCGCCCCUCUUUCCGCCGCCCAUCUUCAAGGAUAUCCCAAAAAUGGGGGCGGUGGAUUCACCUUUCUACCGGACGGGCUUGGGUAUGCCAACGUACCCAGGCUACAGUCCGAGUCUUCUGCAUCCCGGUCUAAGUGGACCCACGCCAUUUGUGCCACCAAGUCAUUUGCCAGCAUUUGCCCCAAAGCAACCACCUCCUGCCGUUGAUCCUAAGCCUAAACAAGUGAAGACGGGCAGAUGGAAUGCGAUGCAUGUGCGAAUUGCCUGGGAGAUCUAUCAUCACCAGACGAAGCAGAAUCCGGAAAAGACGGCGGCAGCUGCUGCGGGGCUCAGUGCAAAGGCCACGGACCUUUUGAGGCCACCGUCGCAUAUCUUUCCACCAAGUACAGCUUUAGGGCGACCCCAUGAAUUGCCCGCAUCCACCUUCCCACCCACUGGGUUACCCGGGAGGACACCCUUUGAGUCAGUGCCACUCUCCACGAGUUUCCUCACAUCACCAGCUAGUCAUUUAGGGACUGCAGUAUCACCCUUUGGACGAUACGCUUCCCCUUUUGGUGGCUCUCCAUUUACGGGAUUGUCACCCUUUUCACGUGAUCUUCCCCUCGCUGGACCACUCACAUCGGUGCAUGAUCCCUGGAGAAGCGCAAUCCCGAGGACAAUUGGGGCCUACCCACCGGCACCGGGACAGAGUGCAUGGCCUCUGAAACCGGAUCCCAAUAUCGAUGCAGCACGACGUGAAGCUGAGGAACGUGAGCGUGAGAUGCGUGAACGUGAGCAACGUGAACGCGAACGUCAGCGCCGUGAACGUGAAGAGCGGGAACGGCAGCGUGAGCGUGAGAAGGAAGAGAAGCGCAAGGAGCAGGAAAGGGAGAGAGAGCGCGAACGUGAACGUGAGCGACGCGAGAAGGAACGGCGAGAGAUGGAAAGGCGGGAAAUGGAACGAGAACGGCUGCUGCAGCAACAACGGCUGGCUGAGAGCAACAAGCUGGCCAAUAGUGCGGUGCAGCGUGAUCGUUCACCGCUACGGAAUGGCACGGAUGUGGAUGUGCGUGUGAAGGAGGAGCCGCGAAAGGAGGACACGGAUCUCCUAAUGCGAACCGAUCCACGGUACCAUCCCGCCGCGGCAGUUCAUCAUCCCUACCUUGCGGUACGACAUGCACCACAUGUGCUACCACCACCGCCACCCCACCUCACACGUUCCAUCCUGCCUCCGUCACUGGGUGCACCACCCAUGUCGCAUUUCCCGCCACCCCCACCAGGACCCACGUGGGCCGCCAUUGAUCCAUACCGAGACCCCUACCGACUGGAUUCAAUGCUACGCUACAACCCCCUAAUGGAGGCUUUCCGGGUGGAAGAGGAACGCGCCAAGGCGAUGAACGCGUAUGCAGCGCACUCGGCAGCACACCUACGUGCUAAGGAGCCGAGUCCUGUGCCGCCACCACCGCAAUCACAUCACAGACUGCCUCCGGGGGCACUAAAGCCACCCACCGGCUCACACAUGGCGCCGGGUGGGCAUCCACUGGCGGCGGAAUUACAUAAAAAGGACGAUGGCACACAGCCACGAUGAUAAACCGCCGCGACGGAUGGUGUAAGUAUUUUAUUUUUCAAUAAGUUAAAUAUAUUUAAUAAUAAAACAACAACAAAAAUGGAGCUGCAAUUUGUGGUGGAGAAGAAAAGAUGGUCCAACAGGGGCAGGUGGGAUGCAACAUUGCUAAAUCUUUUCGUUUCUUUUGCAUUUAUUCUUUUAUCUUUUUUUAUUUAUUAACAUUAAAAAAUAUUUAAAAAUUUUAAUUUUUUGAAGUUUGUGAUUUUGACAAUACCAGCAUUUUGACAGCUGUCACUGUCACAUACCUUUCAAGUCAUUUUAUUUAUUCAACAAUUGGACAAAUUCACUUUAUUUUGCAAAUUUUUAAAUGGAAAUAAAGUGAACUAGUCUUGAUUUAUUUGCAUUUCUUCAUAUUUUCUUAAUAUUUAUUUAUUUCAACGUAUUGUAAGUCUUAUGACGCACACAGAGGAAAUGUCAAUGUCACCUAUGUUCAAAUUUGGCGCCAUCUUUUAUUCUUUCCACCAUGGCAGCAAAGUGAUAUUCAAAUUUUAACUAAUAAAUAAUUAUAAUUGAGAUAAAAAUCAGAAAGAAAAGUCGCAGAAUGAAAACUUUUAGUGAAUUAGGAUUUAAAAGAAAAUGAAUAAAAUGUAAUUUAAAAAAAAAACUUUAUAGAAAAUAAACUCAAAAAAUGACUCUGCGUAAAGCAAAAAAAAGUGUUUUAAAACAAAAAUGUGGAAAAAAAUACUUUAAUAGAAAGUGAUGGUGAAAAGUGAAUCUCAUUCUUAAUUUAAUAAAUUAAAAAGAAAGAAAAUGGAUUAAUAAAAUUAAAUUAUUGCGUUAGAAAAGUGAAGUGUGGGAAGAGAUUUAAAUGAAGAUGAAAAAAACAAUAAUAGGGAUGAAGUUAAUACUACCUUUUACCUAUUACUUUCUUAAAUAAAAGAAAAAAAAAGAAAUAUUUAAACAGACACACAAACAAGUGAAAAAAAACUAACUGAUAAGUUUAUCAAAUAUUAGUAAACUAUAUUAAAUUAUUAUCUAAAUAUAAUAAUUGAAAGGAAUACAAAAUGAAACUUUAUUUAUAUAUCAAACCCUAACUUUUUAGGAAAACCGGUAAAAAAACGGACAUUGUGAAAUGAAAACUUGUGGGAUAUUGUAAAGAAAAUAAUGCAAAAAAAAUCGUGGAACACAAGAGAUUCGAUUUUAUAUAUUUAAAACAAAAAAAUAUAUAUAGAGAAAAAGGACACAAGAAGAAAUUAUUCAUUCAAAAAAAAAGGAAAAUUAGGUUCGGUAAGUUAUUUAUAUAAAGAAAAACGUGAGAGUGAGAGUGUUAGGAACCACCAUUUACAUGGGAAAGAAAACAGCGGAUUAAACAAAAAAAAACUAUUUACCAUACAUAAAGGAUCUUUAAAAAAAAAGUGGGAUCUUUAUGUAUGAAAAGGAAGGAAUAACACUAAUCUCUAGGCCAGACUAAAGAAUUGGUAAACUUGAAGGGGAAAGAAACCAAGAAUUGGGACUCAAAAUCUGGAUAAAGAACGUUUAAAUGGGAUUUAGGAGAUUGCGUGGAACAAUAUUGAAAAGGAAAGAAGGCAGAAUGUUAAAGAAAAUGAUGAAAAAAAAAUCUAGUGAAUAGUAAAGAGAAAAAAACAAUUAAUAAUAAUGUAAAGUUACAAGAAAAUUGUUGUUGUGUGUGCGCUUAUUUAUUUUCGAUAUAAGAUUUAAAACAAAAGAAAAUGAAAAAGGUAAAAAUUGAAAAGAAACUUUGCAAAAAAAGUUAGGAAAAAAAUUAAAAAGUCAAAGGCAGGAAAUUUAUAUUUAAAUAAACAAAAAAAAGUAUUUACGGGAGGGGGUUACAUUCUGCAUAUAAAUUAUUAUUAAACAUUUAAAGAAAGAAAAAAAACGUGGAAUGAAAGAGGAAAAAAAUGCGAAAUGAAAUAGGCCGUGUACAUAACAUUUAAAUAAUACAUUAAAAAAAACAAUUAAUCCAAUAUUUAUUGUGUCUAAAUAACACGCAAACAUCAUUCAUCAAAGUUUAAAUAUUUACAUUUUUCAAUAGCGAAGGUAAAACACGGAGGAAGACGCGUUAAAAAAAACCACACCACACUGCAUUUCAUCAUCGAUUUAUUUAACACAUUUUUCUUUUAUUUCUUUCUUUAACAAAGGCGAGGCUCAUCUUUCCAAGAAGGAUGAUAAUCUGUAGUUAUUUCUUUGAAAUUUUUGUAUAUUCCUGAAAUGCGUUUUCCCGACCCAGACAAGAUUUUGAGAAUCUCAAGAAUUUAAAAAAAAAUUUACAUAAGGCCUUAUGCUUCAAAAUGUUUUAUGAAAAAUAAUCAUUCAAGUGUUUUUGACUAUGACAUUUCGAUUGCUCUCAUCUUCUUUAUCAGGUCUGAAGUAAUUUUGAAAACUUCAAAUUAAUUUGAGAUUUAUUUUGACAGAUUUUUUGACAGUUUUAAGAUGUCUUUGGUUAUUAAAUCAUAUCGAUUUAUGUAAAAUAAUCAAAAGAGAAAGAAUUCGUUUUUAGUCAAAAUCUUCAGUUAAUUUAGGAAGAAAGCUUUUUCAGCCAACUCCUUAUUCCAACUCUUUUAUUCCGUAAUAAUUUGGGUGCGAAAACUUAAUCCCCUUUUUGAGGAACAAAUCAGUAUUUAAAUUGAGGAAAAUUGCAAAAAUUAAUUUAUUUUCUUCAUGAUUAUUACAAAAGAAAAAACUUUGUUGGGAAUGAAAAUUAUCUUCUCAAAAAAAAAAUUAAUAAAAACCUGCAUGAAAAAUCAUCCUAAAAUUUUAAUUUACGAUUCAUUAGAAAGGCCAGAAAAAAAACGUUUACAAUAAUUAAGUUUUGGCUGAUGAAAUAGUACAAAAGUAAAAAAAAAAAAGAGAAAAUUAAAUUUUCAUUCUUAUUUUCUACACACAGUCAGUAAUUAAAAGAAAGCAACUUUUAUUAUCAAAACACACACACAAUGUGGGGGAGAAUUGUGGAAAAGAUGCAAAAUAAAUGAGACGCAAUAAUCAAAAUUUUCUCUUUGAUUCUAAAAAAAAAUAUAGAAAUACAAGAAAAACUUAAAACAGCUCUAGAAAGAAAAUUUUAGAAGAAAAAAAAAGAUUUUUUUACAAUGUUCAAUCACACACAAAACAACAUGCACGUUUCCAACAUAAAAAAAAAAACCAACACAUAAUGCAACAUGUUCUUUUUUUUAAUAAGAAGAAUUAUUGAAAAGAAAAUGGAAAAAAAAUAAAGUUUUAAUAACAGAAAUAGAAAAGUGAAAAAUGAUGAAGAAGAAAAUGUAAUGACUUCGGAAGAAAAGAUGAGAUGAUACGCAGAUAAGUUAGAGAAUUUCUGUUCAUAUAUUUUUAAAAAAUGUAGAAUGAUACAUAAAAUUAAAAAAAAAAAAACAAUUAAAAAUAAAAUGAGACAUAAUGUAAUUGCUUUGUAAAUACAAUGUCGAUGUAAGUAAAUAAGCCAAGUAAAAGGUUGAGAUGAACAAAAAAAAUCAACAUUAUACAUAAACAAUUGUAUUAAAAAAAAACAAAAAAUAAAAAUGAUGAAGAAGGAAGAAAUAUAUUUAAUGAGAAAAAAAAGAAUUUAAGAUAGCACAGUGGGUUAUUUAAAAAAAAAAAAAAUUUAAAAAGAAAAUGCAGAAGGAAAAGUUAAAUGAGAAAAAAUGUGUAGAUAGUUUUCUUUUUAUUUUGCAAAGUAAGAAGAAGAAUUAAAGAAAAAAAGAAUUAGUUAAAUUUCUUCGCCGCCAUUGAUUUUUUUUAUUUAUAUAAUGUAUUAAUUAUUAUUAUUACUGUAUGAAGAGUAAUUAAAAAAAAAAGUGAAUAAGAAAAACAAUUAAACAUUUUGUAGAUAAAUGUGAAAAUGCGAAUAACAAUAUAUAAAUCCAAAAAAAAACAAAA